GCUGUCUCUCUCUCUCCCCUUCUUUAGUUUUCUUUUACAGUGACUUCUUUUAUUUACUUUUUUCACACCCUCUCUCGCUCCUUUUCUCCUUUUGUGGUUCUAUCUGUUUUUCAUUUGCAGCUUUUUAAUAAUCUAUGACAUAAGAAACUCUCCUCUUGAGGAAUUUGCUCUAUUAACCACAAGAGGACAGAGACUUCCAACAGUACAAGACACGCAUCUCAGGAGAGCACAACAUCAACACAUCCAACAACAAAGAAAGAGGACGUUUUGAACAGCGUGACCAACUUCAAAAGUCUGAGGAUUAAGGAGAGAAAGAGACGGGCACAAAACACCAGACUUGAAAGAGCUAGAUCAUGCCGGGCUGUCAGAUCUGGUCCGGGUUCGUUCUGGUGAAGCUGGUCUGUUUCUUACUACUGCUGGCAUCUGGUUCAGGGAAUGCACGCUUGAUCGUAAAGAGGGGACUUAACCACAAGGAUUACGAGUACCCCAACCAUCCCCAGACGACUCAGCACCAGAAAAAUGACCGCUGCCCUCCACCACCCCAGAUGCUGCCCGAACGAGCCUGUGAGGUUCCAGGCUGCCGUUCAGAUUCAGAGUGCGAGAGACACAAACGGUGCUGUUACAAUGGAUGCAUCUACGCCUGCUUAGAGUCAGUGCAGCCUCCACCUGUGCUGGACUGGUUGGUGCAGCCCAAGCCGCGGUGGUUGGGAGGGAACGGCUGGCUUUUAGAUGGACCGGAGGAAGUUUUGCAGGCUGAGGCUUGCAGCACCACUGAGGAUGGAGAUGAACCUUUGCUUUGUCCCACUGGUUAUGAGUGUCACAUCAUCAGCCCGGGAAAGCCCUCUGCUGGUAUCCCCAACCGAGGCCAGUGCAUCAAACAGAGAGGAAACUCAGAUGGACGUACCCUGAGAAUCAAGUACUUCACAGAUUACAAGGAUGAUUUAGGAAGUAACUCCAACAAUGCAGUGAGCUAUGAAAAACAACACAAGCAUUUGGGCUGAAUCUGAGGACUGAAUGUGGAUUCCGUUUAAGAGGACUAUAAUAACCAAUAACCACUGACCUUUAUACCUGGACAAAAUAACCACAGUGAAACUGAACAAGUGUUCUCCUGAGUGGUUCAAAUGUGGUGCUUUUUUAGGUGCUUAAUGUGGAAUGACAGAAUUGUAUAUCUAACUACCUCUUGCAAAAGCCAAAACAUACCACAAGUAUAUCAAAGGUCUAAUAUAAUAUAUUUCUCAGCUGUGCCAAAAAAAAAGAAAAACCCAAAUUUAGAUCAUUCAUUCAUUGAACAUUCAUACAUACAGUAAGCUGUCCAAAUCACUCAGGGUCUACUAUGAAGUAUAAGAAAAUUAAUGAAAAAACAAGCUUCAUUACGCAUCAUUUUUCUGUGCAUUUGUCUUAGUUUAAAAUACAUUUAUAAGCAAAUUAAAUUCAUAAUUUUUUUAAGGAAGUAGGCCCAUUCACAAAUUCUUUAUUUUUAUUGUACAAAUCAUUUUUAAGCCACUGUAAAAUAGCAGCAACUUCACCAAUGACCAGUGGGAUGCUCACUUUAAGAGCUGCAGGUCUAAAUAAGAGACGAAUUUAUAUCUCAAAACAAAAAUGUUUACCAUUUAGUUACUUAAAUACAAAAAUAUAUUUUUACAAUAUUCUAUGCUGUACAAUGCAAACCUCUCAGUCUGGAAUACAAAUUUAAUUUGGGAAAAAACUGCCUUAAUAAGCAAGUUACACACCAGUCCUUUGUGCUGUUCAUCACUGUGAAGUGUUUCAUAUGGUGCUCGAAUCAAUAAACAUAUAGGCUAAGUUAUUUACCAAGUCAAUACUAAUCAAGUCGUACUCCAUUUCUCUCUGAUAAGCUAUUUCUCUCUGAUAGCGAGUCUACCAGCCUUCAAAAAUUCAUAUUUCAAUUAUUUCAACCAAAAACAUUCUCCAAACUGGUGCUGACAUGCCGUGUUAUUCUAAAUAAAACACUUAACAAAGACAUUUGUAGACCAUAUGUUGUUAUUAAAAAUGUAAAAUCUAUUUUAAUUCUGUGUAGGUGUAUUACAAUAAAAGCCUUUUCAAUGAUUAACAAUUAUUCCUGGAAAUAAGACCAAAGUUACAUAUAACUAGCGGUGUAACGUUAC